CAAUAUCACAAUGUCACUUUUUUCAGGUUCAUUUAUUUAUUCACAUUAUACACUUUCUAAAUGAGAAUUAAUGUAACCGCGGUGAAAACUGCGGAUUGAAGCAUUGUAGCCUAAUGUAACCACAGCAAGUUUUAAAUUAAGUUCCUGAUGGCAAAAAGCACGCUGAACAUCGUGUUUACCUCACAAUGACAAUAAUGACGAAAUAAUGUAUUUGCGACCUGGUGUAGACGCCAGACAUAUCUGUGCUGUCCACAUUCUCUCUACCUGACAACCACUCGUAAACAGAACUGCUACGCUCCUGGCAGUUGUCCAACUCGAGUCCUGCGGUCGGUGGUACAGUGCGUUGUCGUUUUGAGUUAGAUUUUUCGGCAGUACAGUGUAACCAACAUGGAGGAGUUCCCCCCUAAAUUCAGCAAGAUACUGGUGACACCUGAUCCACAGUACAUACCAGGGUAUGCAGGUUACUGCCCUCAGCUGAAAUAUCAUCUGGGGGAGACCUAUGGCCAGUUAACUGCCAAGCUGUUGUCCUCUCCAGAGGUGUCACGCUCACGUCACUUAGUUCUCCACACAGGCAGCUUCCCCUCCACGCAGACAGACAAAGGUCCAUGGGACGAGAUCUGGAGGCUGCGACACGGAGAACGCCGGAACCUGGAGAAGAUGAUACCGGGCUACACAGGUUUUGUUCCUAAAAGCCAGAACUACUUCUCCCGUACUUAUGCUGAGACAUGUCGCGAGGCGCUCUCUGAGUUUGACAGAGACCAGCGAAAAACGGUUUGCCUGGCAGAAACAGACAUACCAAUCAGCAACAACAACAAGUUCAAACCUCGGAGACUGAGCACCCCUCUCACUGCCAUCUCCAGAGAGCCAGUCCCCUACAAGACCUUUGACCCCUGGAAGCCCAACGUCUCUCCUUACUUCCUGGAGGACAACAGUCCUGACAAGUACUUUAUCUCAGGUUUUACAGGGUACGUGCCCAAGUCUCGCUUCCUGAUUGGCAUGGGCUACCCCAUCACCACCAAUAAAGCCCUGAUCCAGUUUGGGAAGGAAAUGAGGUGUGACCCCACUUCCCUGCUCCUCCCCGGGGAAGAAUCAGAAGCCCUUCCCAGCAUAGCCACUGUCUAUCCCUCCCACCGGGGCCUGCUGCCUUCCUACACAGGCCAUGUCCCAGGAUACAAGUUCAGGUAUGGUCACACUUUUGGGCAGCUUACCCAGAAUGCCCUGGGGCUGUGCGGUACUCAGAGGAAGAUAGAGCCCAGAGCCCACUGAAGGAGUAACUCCCCAGCAGAUAGUGAUUCACUCCCAUGGCUUAAUAAAAGAUUACCACAGA